UCGGUCAAAGCUAGAGUUCCUGUGUGCCGACUAUUUAGAUUCGUAAAAGUAAAUUUUAGUUAAACCAAUUUAUCUCUGGCAAAGUUUUAAGUGCAUAAUAAAGAAAAUUAAAAUGUUCCAAAUAUAAAUUUGAACUUUAAACAAAUACAUGUAAUCCAUAAUGGAAUUUUAAGAUUCACACAGAAUUGAACUAUUGUAAGAACAUUGACAAAACUAUUAACGUCUUUUCCGAAACAACUAACAAACUAAGGGAAAAAAACAAAUGAAAUUUAUUUCAUAAGGCCACCAAAGACAAAUAAUUAAAGGCAUCAAUAAUAUAAUAUUAAAAACGUAAAAUAAUUUAACAAAAUUAAAGAUAUUCUUCAAAAAGAUCUCAUCGGGACCGCAUAAAAUAGAUAUCAUGGAAGGAGUGAACACUAUGCGAAUUUUCAUUGCGGCGUGUGCAGCGAAUUUGGCUGCAUUUGCUGUAGGCACUUGCCUUGGUUGGACAUCUCCAAUGGCGUCAAAAUUACUAUCCAACAACACUGAUGAAUUGCCACUGGAAGAGCAAGUCAGUGAAUCUGAUUUUGCUUGGAUAUCUUCGAUUAUAACCUUGGGUGCCUUAAUUGCUCCUUUCAUCGCUGGUCCAUUUACAAAUAAAAUUGGUCGCAAAUGGGUGUUAAUGUCGAGUUCCUUUUUCUUCGUGCUUGCCUACACGCUGAUGUUACUCGCCACUCAAGUAUGGAUAUUACAAUUGGCACGAUUAAUACAAGGAUUUGGUGUUGGCUAUGUGAUGACAGCUCUUCCCAUCUAUGUAGCUGAGAUAUCUACAGACAAUGUUCGAGGUGUUACCGGUUCACUGAUGCAGUUGUUCAUAAACAUGGGAAUACUAUUUGUUUAUGCAAUUGGUCCUUAUGUUUCUUAUGAGAUCUUGCAGUGGUGUUGCUUGGUUGUGCCUUUGUUCUUCAAUGUAAUCUUCUACUUCAUGCCAGAAAGUCCGCACUACUACGUUGGUAAGGCACGCAAAACACAGGCGAUAAAAUCAUUAAAAUAUCUGCGCGGACAAAGCGACAAAAUUGUAGAAAAUGAAGCAGAUAUGCUGGAAUGUGAAGUCCAGAAAUCUUUGGCCAGCAAAUGCACUAUUAUGGAUGUCUUAGGCAACGCAGGCAAUCGCAAGGCGUUACUAAUUUGUUCUUGCCUGAUAGCUUUCCAGCAAUUGUCUGGUAUAAAUGUUGUGCUUUUCAAUAGUCAAACGAUAUUUCAAAGUGCAAAUACCGGUUUCGACCCGCCUAUAGCAUCUAUUAUUGUAGGAAUAGUACAAGUUACCGCUUCCAUAUUAGCACCACUUGCUGUUGUUCGGUUUGGACGGAAGUCUCUUUUAAUUUUUUCCUCAAUUGGAAUGACAAUUGGUCUGGGAGCUUUGGGUACAUUUUUUUAUAUUCAGCAACAAGGAGAUUCAGAGUACGUGGCUUGGUUGCCGGUACCAAGCCUGGUUCUUUACAUUGUUGUUUUUUGUUUGGGUUUUGGUUCUUUACCAUGGACUUUGUUAGGUGAAAUGUUUCCAGCAAAUAUUAAAUCCAUGGCAGCAUCUAUUGUAACUUCUACCUGUUGGAUACUUAGUUUUGCUGUGAUUCAGUGCUAUUCAGUGAUUGCUCUCUAUGGUGUUCAUUAUGCGUUUUGGCUUUUCGCAGGGACUUCUACGCUUGGUUUUGUAUUCACAAUGUUUAUGGUUAUUGAAACAAAAGGACUCAGUUUGCAAGAAAUACAAAAUCGACUGAACAGUUAAAAUAAAAAAUGGAAUUUAAAUUAUAAAAGGAAAAAGUCGAAAAAAGGGAGAGAGGUAAUAGAAGACAGAAAGAAAAGUAAGUGAAAAAAAUGAAACCAGUCACAUAGAACCACAGCGAAUAAAACUUAGCGAAAUAAACUCUAAUUUAGGAUAUAAUAAUUUCUAAUGU